AUGAGAACUACUUGUAGUGUGAAUAUUGGUGUAUUGGGACAUGUUGAUUGUGGUAAGACAUCAUUAUGUAAAGCAUUAACACAAGUAGUAUCAUCAUCAUCAUUACCAUCGUCAUUCAUAAAUAAAGGUUAUGAUAGUAUACAGUUCUGCCUUGUUGACUGUCCAGGGCAUGCAUCUUUAAUAAAGACUAUUAUAGGUGGUGCCCAGAUAAUCGACAUAUGUAUGUUGGUUAUUGAUAUUACUAAAGGUAUACAGACUCAGACUGCUGAAUGCUUAGUUAUAGCUGAGAUAUUAGCACCACAAUUAAUGAUUGUUAUUAAUAAAGUUGAUCUUAUACCUCCACAACAACGUAAGAAGAAAGUUGAUAUCAUAAUUAAUAGAUUAAGGAAGACUUUAUCAAAAACAAGUCCUAAUAUUAUAAAGGAUAUGAUAUUGAGGAAUAUAGACCUCCCAAGAAGGUUACAAUCGAACAACAACAACAACAACAAGCCAAGAACAUUGGUUGGUGAUGGAAGUAGUUACAAUAAUGCAGCAAGGCGACCUAAUAACCAUCUUACAUUCUCAUUUGAUCAUUGUUUUGCAGUAAAAGGGGCUGGUACCAUAUUCACUGGUACUCUUAUCAAUGGUAGUAUUAUAUCACUAUAUUGGUGUUGGAGUAAUAAUGUUAUUAGCAUUAUAAUGGUUAUACUACAGGUUAUUGUUAAAAGCAUUCAGAUGUUCAAAAAGAACGUUAAAGUUGCGGAAGCUGGUGAUAGAUAUUUCAAAGAUAGUAUCAAGAGUAAAAGCAGGAUACAUAUCACCUGUGGUCAUUCAACUGUGAUGGCGAAUGUCAUCUUUAUGAAGAAGGAGGAGGAGGAUAAUACAUCAUCAACAUCUACAUCAACAAUGAGAGUAAGAGAUAGCAAGUCGUCGUCUAAUACUAUGAUGGCCUAUGAUGAUGAAGCUACACUUAAUACUACAAUAGGAGGAGGUGCUCUACUUGGUAAUGAUGAAUAUAUGGCUAUGUCUACAUCUAAUACUGGUGACUAUGUCUAUCAAGAUGAAUUAUUAUUCAUAUCACAAGAAGAUCAUCACCAUCAUAAUCAUCAUGAUAAUGAUGAUGGUUAUGGUGAUAACCUUAAUGAUAGUAGUACAGAACAGUAUUAUGCUCUCAUUGAAUUGGAGCGUCCUAUUCUUGCCUUGCGUAAUAUGUUCAAGAAGGAUACUGAUUUAACAUCAUUCCUGGGUCUUAAAGUUAUACAUAAAUCUUCUGGUAUUACUGGUAUUAUCGAUUCAUCUUUUGGUAAGAGUGAUUACCAACACGACUCACUAACAGCUGCAUCAAUUCCCUAA